CCUCCAUUUUUUUCAGGAUUGGAACUCAUUGUGAAUCAUAUGACUUUGAGUCAUCGCGAUCCUGGUGGAGCUCCGUCCCAUUAUGACAUACUUGUUAGUUUGGGCAUCGCACAUGAGGCUAUGUUUGUUAUUGAAGAUAUAGGUGCGGAAUUGGUAUAUUCCCCUGGAACAAUGGUCUAUAUUGCUGGAAAGGUG